AGAGAGAGAGAGAGAGACAUUCGUGACAUCUGCCUGAGGAGGAAGUUAUUCUUCCAUCAUUCUUUUGUUCUCUUUUUUGCAUUCUUCCCAUUGUUUCACUCUGUUGCAUCCCUGUUUUCUUUGUCCUUCCCAUCCUGCACCUCUUUCUCCUGUCGCGGUCGCAGAGCUGUAGCCGGCCUUUUAAACAGACAGACAUAAGCUUCUACGCUGCUUAUUUGUCGGCUCGCGUGCAUUUGCUCACUCCACCACCUUCACGUCUCAGUUCUCCCAUCCUCUCUUCGCCUCCUGCUCCAUCUCUUCCUCCUCUUCCUUCUCCUUGCAGUGUGUGAUGGUGCAUCCCCUCCUCUCGUUCCUGGAGACAUGCCUGUGCAGGAGAUGGCAGUGAGUCCUGUCAAGUCCCUGUACUGGGAGCAGUUCCCCCCCAUGACACAGUGCAGAGUCUACUGCACUCCCGUCCACUAUGAAGGUUUGAUCUACGUGCUGGGGGGCUGCAGUGAGACCGGUGUGCCCCUGGACAGUGCUGAGGUCCUGGAUAUAGAGAGCCAAACCUGGAGCCAGCUGCCCCCGCUGGCCACGGCUCGAGCGGGGGCCUCGGCCGUGGCACUGGGAGGUCAGGUGAUGGUCCUGGGAGGCAUGAAUCAGCAGCAAACCCCACUGGCCUCUGUGGAAGUGUUCCACCCUGAUGAGGGCAAGUGGGAAACUAAGUCUGGCCUGGGACAGCCGUCUAUGGGUGUCACCACUGUGGAGAAAGAUGGGAAAUUGUAUGCUUUUGGGGGUAUGGGAGCAGACACUACCCCCCAAGCUUUGGUGAGAGUUUAUGAGGCAGAGAAAGACCAGUGGCAACCGAUAUCCUCAAUGCCUACGCCGCGAUAUGGAGCUACGUCCUUUGUAAGAGGAAACAAAAUCUACAUGAUGGGUGGUCGUCAAGGAAAGAUGCCAGUGACGGCACUCGAAGCUUUUGACUUGGACAUGAAGAGCUGGACACACUACCCCUGCAUCCCAAGCCGAAGGGCGUUUUCCUGUUGCGCCGCAAGUGAGCGAAGCUUCUUCAGUCUUGGGGGCCUUCAGCAACCAGGUCCACAUAACUUCUACUCCAGACCUCACUUUGUCAGCACUAUGGAGGAGUACGAUCUGGAUCAGGGCAUUUGGAUCAAACCCAGCCGAACAUCCAGGAUGAGGGAGAAGAGGGCGGACUUCGUGGCAGGAUGCCUGGGAGGACGGAUCAUUGCAGCUGGUGGCCUAGGGAAUGAACCGUCACCAUUGGGAACAGUGGAGAGCUAUAACCCAGUGAAACAGCGUUGGGAGUACAUGGCGUCCAUGGCGACCGCACGCUGCUCUUCUGCACUCCUGCAAACACCCAGCAUGCUCUUUGUCAUCGGUGGAGUCGCCCAGGGCCCCAGUAAUGCUGUGGAAGCGCUCUGCUUACAGGAAACAGUGUGACACAUGCACACAGUCACCGUCAUCAAAACAAUCUGCAGUGAUGUUAAAUUCCUGGAUGUGUAUAAACCUCUGUGUCCGACUGA